CUCCUGUUCAAAAACGGAAUAGAAGGCAAUUUUUUAACUUUCUUCUAUAUUAUUACCCAAAACAAAUAGACAUACAUUCAUUUUUCUGGAGUUCACACAUUUUUUGAUAUACUUUUUUUAUUGUGUUGUCACGUAAAUAAAAUAGAUCAACCAAUGAAAUAAACAAUAAAGAGAGAGAACAUUUUCUUUCUUUAGAAGUAACUAAAGAUUAUAGCUUUAAGAUAUUUUUUAUUAUAGUACAUACCUGAGAGUCAUUUUAAACAUAUAGUAAAAAAUGUACAGAGACACAGACGUAAGGAGGAUGAGGAACGUAUCUGGGCUUCAUUUGUCAAAGAACAGGAGUUAAAUAAUUUGAGGUUUGACAAAAAAGAUGUUGACUAUUCUAUAGAAAAUAUAAAAGAUCUGUUGCAAGAAAAUAUACAAAAUGUAGAUAGAGAACUGAAAAGACUAGAAGAAGAUGCUCUUCCUGAACGAAGCAAAGGAAUUCAAAACCCUAAAUCUAAUGUUAAAAAUGAAAUGAUUUAUUCAAAAGUAAACAAUAUAAGAAAUAAUUCUUCAAAAGAAAAAAUAUUAACAAAGAAUAAAGAUACAUGUAAAACUAAUGUUUUAAUUCCAACUUCACAAGGCAAUAAUAUUUGCAUAUCUAAGGAAUUUGAAGGACAGAAAACAGUUUUUAGAUCUAAAGCUAAAAAAUCUUUGUCAGAUUCUACUAUCACAGAAAAAAAAUGUUAUACAAACCAACUUCUUCGUGCAACAAAUCAUUUUGAAAAUAAUUCUGAAACAGAUUCAAGUAAUAACAAAGAUGAUAUUGUUUAUGUACAACCAGAUCCACUUACUAUACAAAAACUUUUAUCAAUGCAAAAGAAAAUUGCUGAAUUGUUAGAUGAAAUUUUAUUUAGAUUAUGCAGAAUUCCUUUACCAGAUGGUGAAAAUGAUUUAAAAAGAAGACAACAACAAACAUUAGAAUUUGCUAUAAGAUUUUCAAGAAAUUAUUUAUACAAUUUAAAUAGAUUUGUUACAAGCAUUCAAAGACAUAUCAAAGCUGUGUCUUCAAGAUCAGGAUUAAAACAAUAUCAUAAAAAUAUUGCAUUUCAUCAAGAUAUGAUUAAACAAAAAUUAGUUGCUGCACACCAAUUAUUAAUGCAAGCUUUAACUGCUUAUUGUAAACACAUUCCUAAUUCUAUUCUUGAUGGUCAUUCUACAAAAUUGCAAGAUGUAUUACAAAUUGUUUACAAUUUGAUAAAUAUUUGUGAUAAAAUUGAAAUCUCUUCUUAUUAUUUUUGUUCUGGAGAUACUACCAUUAUACCGCUGGGAAAAAAUCUUCAAGAUAAAUGCGAUGCUAUAUUAGCAAAAUUGAAGUUAAAUUUAGAAAGUAAAUAUGGAUAUGCAAAUUAUAAAAAUGCUCAAUCUUUUAUAACUACUGCAUCAAUAUCUUUACCUAAAGGACGUUUGAAUCGAAAAAAUUUAUCUAGUCGAUUAAGUAUGUACAAUAUGGACGUUAAAAUAUCUAAGUCUAACCAAAAAAGAAGAAAUUACAUAAGAAGAAAAAAUUAUACUUAUCAAAAAGAAAAUGGAAAUAAUACUAAGGAUAGUAAAAACUUAUAUACUCAAGAUUGCUCAUUACCAGAAAUGUUAUAUCCUAGUCCUAUAACUCAUACAACUUCUUCUAGGGAUGUUAUUCAUAUUGAUUCUAUGAAAAAUAUAAACAACUUAAAGGAAGAUGACAUUCAAACUAUGAUGGAAGGAAUAACGAUAGAUUCUGAAAAUGACAGCAAUAUAGAAAUUCAAACUAAAUGUAAAUCUACUACAAAUAGUGAACCACAAUCUGUUGCAAUACGAAAAAAAGGAGGAAAUAUUAAAGUAGAAAAUGUUACUGAUGAAAAUGAUCUAAUUAAAAAAGUAACCACAAUUCCUAAAGAACAUUUGGCUACUUUAGUUCCUGUAAUAAACGAUUUAAUAACUUUUGUAUCAAGAAUGCAAAACGAAUCUGAGAUGCAACCUGUUUCGGAAACAUCCGUGGAAACAUUAAGAGAAUUUUUACAAAAAUAUCAGUCUCCUAAAGAUUAUGAUACUAAAACAACUUUAACAAAAAACAAUUAUGAACAAUCAUAUUGUAAUUUGAAUGGCUUAUCUGAAAUUAAAAAACGUGAUGAAAAUGUACAAUUCAUUUGUAUAUCUUCUAUGGAAAAAGUUCCUAAAAUGACUCAAUGUGAUGCUUCAUGUCAAGUAGAUUAUGAAAUUGCAUUAAAAAUUAUUGACAAUGGAAAAAUUAUGGAUUCAAAUAUCAAAAAUACAAUACAGCUUGCUAUUUCAGAAGAAAUUGAGCUACAAUUUUUAACAUAUAGAUGUGAAUAUAAAAAAUUUUGUCAAUCAAAACCAAUGUAUUCCAGCAACACACAGAAUAAACCAUGGGAUAUUGUGGCAUGGAUAUCUGAUAAAUUGAUAGAGGAAUUAAUAAUUGAAAUAACAGAAGAGUUACAAAUGAAUAAUAUAAUUAAGAAACUGUUUGAAAUGGAAUUUCAAGAAUUGUAAUAACAAAGUUUGUGUAUAUGGAAUUAUUACAAAAAAUCAUACUUAUACAAAACAAAGAACUUUUCAAAUAUUUUUUAUUUAAAGUAUCACUUUUUAAAUAAAUUACUUUUCAUACCAAA